GAAGUCGUCACUGCUGGCAAAGCACUCUUCCCGCGAAGAUUGAGAACGCCUUUGCAAGUGAAUUACUGUUUUUCAAGCUUAUAACCUCAGCACCAUGAGCAAGAGGAAGGCGAAAGAUGCUCCUUUGCCAGUAGGAAAAUGCAUUUCAGAGGUUCAGGACAUUUUAAGGAAGCGGCUUUGCCAUCAGCAGCUUCCUGACACACCGGAGGGGGUGGAGGCUCAACACAAACACCUCCUGGAGCUGCUGAAGCGCACGGCCGUCCACGGGGAGAGUAACUCGGUGCUGAUUGUCGGCCCCAGAGGAUCAGGAAAAACAAUGCUGCUGAAGUGUGUGCUGAGAGACCUGCUAGAGGAAAAAGAAGUAGAAAGAAAUCUGCUGCAGGUUCAUCUCAAUGGUCUCCUGCAGACUGAUGACAAAAUAGCACUUCAGGAAAUGACGCGGCAGCUCCACCUUGAAAACGUUGUCGGGGACAAAGUGUUUGGAAGUUUCGCUGAGAAUCUGUCUUUCUUGCUGGAGGCAUUGAAGAAAGGUGAUCGCAGCAGCAGCCGCCCAGUGUUGUUCGUCCUGGAUGAGUUUGAUUUGUUCGCCCACCACAAGAACCAGACGCUGCUCUACAACCUGUUCGACGUCUCUCAGUCGGCCCAGGCCCCCGUCGCUGUGGUGGGUGUCACCUGCAGACUGGAUGUUCUGGAGCUGCUGGAGAAGCGGGUGAAGUCGCGGUUUUCUCACCGUCAGAUCCACCUGCUGAGCAACCCCACCUUUAGUCAAUACCUAGAGCGGGUGCAAACACAACUCAGCCUGCAGGACGACUUCCCCGACAAGACGUUCGCUCAGGACUGGAACGCCAGCGUCAAGACUCUGUGUGAAGACAAAUCAGUGGAGGAUGCUUUACAGAGGCACUACAACUCCAGCAAGAACUUCCGUUCAAACCACAUGUUGCUGAUGUUGUGCCUGAGUCGUGUGUCUGUAGCCAAACCUGCCAUCAAACCUGCAGACCUCCUGGAGGCCAGCAAGAUGUGUUUAAUCGACGCCCAGGCCAAUAUGCUCCACGGUCUGUCUAUUUUGGAGUUGUGUCUGAUCAUCGCCAUGAAACACCUCAACGACGUCUACGAAGGAGAGCCGUUCAAUCUGCAAAUGGUCCACAACGAGUUUAAGAAGUUCCUGCAGAGAAAGUCCAACUCCAUGUACAACUUUGAGCAGCCUGUCAUCAUGAAGGCCUUCGAGCACCUGCAGCAGCUGGAGAUGAUCCGGCCGGUGGACAACUCCUCAGUCAAAACUCAGAGGGAGUACCAGCUGAUGAGACUCAUGCUGGACAACACUCAGGUCAUGGAGGCCCUGCAGAAAUACCCACAAUGCCCCACUGACGUCAAGCAGUGGGCCAUGUCGGCGUACGGCUAGGAUUUCUAAAUCCAUUUGGACUUAAUGUAGCCAGAACUGUUUGAGAAAGUGUGAAAUAAACCCGAGGAAGAUCUCUUGUCAAAUGGAAGCACUGCAUCUCAGACUAAGGACCACAUAAAACUGUAUAGUUUUCUAAAUGUUAAAAAUAAUUGUAUGUUAGGAUUUACUGUAAUUCACCCAAAAAGCAACACAUAAAAUGAUUCUGAAAUUGAUAUUAUUUUAAAUAAAUACAUGUCUCAAUAAAAUGAUAAAUAAAA